AUGUCGAGUGGUGAAAGUAGUGACUCCAGCGAAUCUGCCAACGUAAGUGCUACUCCGACGAUGACUUCCCGUGAGACAGCGGCCAACGUAAUGCUGACCGAUUCGGAAAACACAAACAACGAGAAUCGUGUAAUCGAGAUGGAAUCAAAUCCGGGUACUGAAGAUCCCGCAGGUACUCCUUCCAGAGACGUGGUACAAGCUGAUGAACCAACCCUAGCCCCAGCUACGAGUGUCCCCGAAGAGAAGCGGGUGGAUGAAUCUAGGAAAGAACAACAAUCACCUGACGAUGCGGAUACGUCCAAAGCGGGGAAAGACCAGUCUGCGGAACAUGUAACGUACAACGAGGCAGGGGAAGCAAUUUACACCGAUCCCGCCACAAAGUUCCAGUACCGAUGGUGUAAGGAAAAAAGUGAAUGGGUUCCACUGGACGGAAAGGUACCCGUGGGGACCGAGGGCCAAACACCAGCAGACAAUCCGUACGAGAAUGAGCACUAUCGGUGGUGUCACGAGAAGAAAGAAUGGAUCCCGAAGCAGGAAAAUCCGACCGAGACGGAAUUCUAUCGGUGGGAUAAAGAAACGCAAAAAUGGGUUCCGAAAGAGCAGCAGCAACCAUCAUCCAAGAAGGAAAGCGAACAGGAUCGGCAAUAUGGGUACGAGGACGGAGUACACACGUACAAGGACAAGGAUGGUGCGGUGUACUUUUGGGAUGACGAACGGAAAGCCUGGUUCCCGAAGGUGGAUGAUGACUUUAUGGCCAUGUAUCAGCUGAACUACGGGUUUAUCGAUAACACGUCGGCUGGAAGUGUUGCCGCAGCCCCACCGAAAGUGACACCCGGUAGCGAUCAGGGAAGUACGGCUGGGAGAGAUUUCCCCGGGCGUAAUGUGGACGGUGAUUAUGGUGAUGAUGAUGAUGAUGAUGACGAUGAUGAUGCAGAUAGGCAACGGGCUGAGGCACAGCGGGCAGCAGCAGCAACAGCGAAGGGCAAGAAGCGAAAAGCUCCACCAGAACCACCGAAGUGGUUCGAUCUGGCACCGGAGCACAAUACAAAAGUGUACGUUUCCAAUCUACCGACCGACAUUAGUGAGGAAGAGUUUGGUGAAGUGAUGUCCAAGUGUGGUAUGGUGAUGAAGGAUCCGAAGACGCAUAAGCUGAAGCUGAAGCUGUACCGUGAGCCGGAUGGAACGCUGAAAGGUGACGGGCUGUGUCACUACAUCAAGAUCGAGUCAGUAGAUUUGGCGCUAAAAAUUCUCGACAACUACGAUGUGCGUGGCCACAAGAUCAAAGUGCAGCAGGCCGAAUUCCAAAUGCGCGGCGAGUACAAUCCAACGCUGAAGCCGAAAAUGCGCAAAAAGGAAAAGGAACGACUGAAGAAGAUGCAGGAAUCGCUGUUUGACUGGCGCCCGGAAAAGAUGCGUGGCGAACGUUCCAAGCACGAGCGUAUCGUCAUCAUCAAGAACCUCUUCGAACCGUCACUGUUCGACCGCGAGGUGCAUCUGCUGCUCGAGUACCAGAACGAUCUGCGCGAAGAGUGCGGCAAGUGUGGCACGGUACGCCGGGUGCUGCUGUACGACCGGCACCCGGAAGGGGUGGCACAGGUGACGAUGGGCGAUCCGGAAGAGGCCGACCUGGUGGUGCAGAUGAUGAAUGGACGCUACUUCGGGCAGCGGCAGCUAACGGCAGCGAUCUGGGACGGGCGAACAAAGUAUCGAAUUGCCGAAACUGAUGCCGAUAUCGACAAACGGCGUGGCAACUGGGAGGAAUUUCUGGAAACAGAUGAAACUGCGGCAGACAAGGGCAAGGAUAAGGAUGACUUGUCACCAUCAUCCGCGAAGCAGGAAGCCAAGGACGUGGAUGUGCCAACGAGUGACACAAAAGCGCCACCGGAAACGAAGUUGGACGAGCCAGAGGGACAGCUUCCGGUUGUGGAAAGCGGCGGUGACGUUACGAUUGAAGCCGCCGGAAACGAUAGCCAAGGUGACGGCGAGGAAAAGGACGAGAAGAAGGAUCAGCCAGUUUAGGGAUGCGAUGAUCGA